GAAGGCGGCUCGGGCUGGUAGCUGUCGCAGCUUCUGCCAGGUCCCGGCAGCGGGCACCCGAAGUACCGGGUCGUGUGACGACGCGGGCUCCAUCUGGCCCAGCCAUGGACCGAAAGGUGGCCCGAGAAUUCCGGCACAAGGUGGAUUUUCUGAUUGAAAAUGACGCAGAGAAGGACUAUCUCUAUGACGUGCUGCGGAUGUACCACCAGACCAUGGACGUGGCCGUGCUCGUGGGAGACCUGAAGCUGGUCAUCAACGAGCCCAGCCGCCUGCCUCUGUUUGACGCCAUCCGGCCCCUGAUCCCGCUGAAGCACCAGGUGGAAUACGACCAGCUGACCCCCCGGCGCUCCAGGAAGCUGAAGGAGGUGCGCCUGGACCGUCUGCACCCCGAAGGCCUCGGCCUCAGUGUGCGCGGCGGCCUCGAGUUCGGCUGUGGGCUCUUCAUCUCCCACCUCAUCAAAGGCGGUCAGGCAGACAGCGUCGGGCUCCAGGUAGGGGAUGAGAUCGUCCGGAUCAACGGGUAUUCCAUCUCCUCCUGCACCCAUGAGGAGGUCAUCAACCUCAUCCGAACCAAGAAGACUGUGUCCAUCAAAGUGAGACACAUCGGCCUGAUCCCUGUGAAGAGCUCUCCCGACGAGGCCCUCAAGUGGCAGUAUGUGGAUCAGUUUGUGUCAGAAUCUGGGGGCGGGCGGGGCGGCCUGGGCUCCCCCGGGAAUCGGGACAAGGAGAAGAAGGUCUUCAUCAGCCUGGUGGGCUCCCGGGGCCUUGGCUGCAGCAUCUCCAGUGGCCCCAUCCAGAAACCCGGCAUCUUCAUCAGCCACGUGAAGCCUGGCUCCCUGUCUGCCGAGGUGGGGCUGGAGACAGGGGAUCAGAUUGUCGAAGUCAAUGGCAUCGACUUCUCCAACAUGGACCACAAGGAGGCUGUGAACGUGCUGAAGAGUAGCCGCAGCCUGACCAUCUCCGUCGUAGCAGGAGCUGGCCGGGAGCUGUUCAUGACAGACCGGGAGCGGCUGGCGGAGGCGCGGCAGCGGGAGCUGCAGCGGCAAGAGCUCCUGAUGCAGAAGCGGCUGGCGAUGGAGUCCAACAAGAUCCUCCAGGAGCAGCAGGAGAUGGAGCGGCAAAGGAGAAAGGAAAUUGCCCAGAAGGCAGCGGAGGAAAAUGAGAGAUACCGGAAGGAGAUGGAACAGAUUACGGAGGAGGAAGAAAAGUUUAAGAAACAGUGGGAAGAAGACUGGGGCUCAAAGGAUCAGCUGCUCUCGCCUCAAACCAUCACCACGGAGGUGCACCCAGUACCCCUUCGCAAGCCAAAGUAUGAUCAGGGAGUGGAGCCCAAGCUCGAGCCCGCAGACGACCUGGAUGGAGGCCCGGAGGAGCAGGGAGAGCAGAAAGGAAAAGAUAAGAAGAAAGCCAAGUAUGACAGCCUGCAAGAGUUGAGAAAGAAUAAGAAGGAACUGGAGUUUGAGCAAAAGCUUUACAAAGAAAAAGAGGAAAUGCUGGAGAAGGAAAAGCAACUAAAGAUCAACCGGCUGGCCCAGGAGGUGUCUGAGACGGAGCGGGAAGACCUUGAGGAAUCGGAAAAGAUUCAGUACUGGGUGGAGAGGCUCUGUCAGACGCGGCUUGAGCAGAUUUCCUCUGCUGAUAAUGAGAUUUCGGAGAUGACCACGGUGCCCCCGCCUCCCCCGCCUUCUGUGUCUCCCCUGGCCCCACCCUUGAGACGCUUCGCAGGCGGGCUGCACCUGCACACCACUGACCUGGAUGACAUCCCCCUGGACAUGUUCUACUACCCCCCCAAGGCUCCCUCUGCCUUGCCUGUGAUGCCCCACCCUCCACCCUCCAACCCACCCCCCAAGGUCCCUGCGCCCCCUGUCCUGCCCUCCUCUGGCCACGUAAGCACCUCGUCCUCGCCCUGGGUGCAGCGCACCCCACCACCCAUCCCCAUCCCUCCCCCACCAUCCAUCCCCACCCAAGACCUCACUCCCACCCGCCCACUGCCCUCGGCGCUGGAAGAAGCACUGGGCAGCCACCCCUUCCGCGCUGGGGACACAGGCAAUCCCACGGAGGACUGGGAGGCAAAGAACCACGGCGGGAAGCCCUCCAGCUCCCCUGUCCCUGAAAGGAGCUUCCCAGCCACCCCAAAGACAUUUUGCCCAAGCCCACAGCCUCCUCGAGGCCCUGGAGUGUCCACCAUCUCCAAACCUGUCAUGGUCCACCAGGAACCCAACUUCAUCUACAGGCCAGCUGUGAAAUCUGAGGUCCUGCCACAGGAGAUGUUGAAGAGGAUGGUGGUUUAUCAGACAGCAUUCAGACAAGACUUCCGGAAAUAUGAGGAAGGCUUUGACCCCUACUCCAUGUUCAGCCCGGAGCAGAUCACAGGGAAGGAUGUCCGGCUCCUGCGCAUUAAGAAGGAAGGAUCCUUAGACCUGGCCCUGGAAGGCGGUGUGGACUCCCCGAUCGGGAAGGUGGUCGUCUCUGCUGUUUAUGAGGGGGGAGCCGCCGAGCGGCAUGGUGGCAUCGUGAAAGGGGAUGAGAUCAUGGCGAUCAAUGGCAAGAUUGUGACGGACUACACUCUGGCUGAGGCUGAGGCUGCCCUGCAGAAGGCUUGGAACCAGGGUGGGGACUGGAUCGACCUCGUGGUUGCUGUCUGUCCCCCCAAGGAGUACGACGAUGAGCUGACCUUCUUCUGAAGUCCAGGAGAGGAAACCAAAUUCACCCCUAGAAGACGAUGAGCUCUGGCCCCACGUCCUGAACACAAAGCCUAGGAGCAGCCUGGAGGGGGCCAGCCUGCAGGCCCAGUGGGUAGCCCUGGACACCUGCACCCAGCACCCGGGAAUGUCACACUCCCUCUGGCCCUGAACCGGGCUGGCUGAGGAGCACCUUGGCCACUUUUCCAAAGGCCAACAUGGAGAGGAGGGUGCCGCCAACGGUUUGGAGAGGGCCUCUGGGAUUUUGGACU